UCGGGUUUUAAUUUGGUUAUAGGCACAUUUUCUAUACGUAUUAUAGGUGAGGACCCGCACGUGAUAAUAAAAAAAAGAAUCGGAAUUCGGAUAUUCAGCACAGCAUGCCGGCGGCAGGAUUUUCAACUCCGGCGAGGGAUGGCGGCAGCGACAAGGAGUUUGAGGCGAAAAUAACUCCCAUAGUCAUCAUCUCAUGCAUCAUGGCCGCCACCGGCGGCCUUAUGUUCGGCUAUGACGUCGGCGUCUCUGGUGGGGUGACAUCAAUGGGGCCGUUCUUGAAGAAAUUCUUUCCGGUGGUGUACCGGAACACACAGCAUCCGGGCCAGAACAGCAAUUACUGCAAGUACGACAACCAAGGCCUCCAGCUCUUCACCUCCUCCCUCUACCUCGCCGGCCUCACCGCCACCUUCUUCGCUUCCUACACCACCAGAAAGCUCGGCCGGAGGCUCACCAUGCUCAUCGCAGGCUGCUUCUUCAUUGUCGGCGUCAUCUUCAACGCCGCCGCUCAAAACUUGGCCAUGCUCAUUGUGGGCAGGAUCUUGCUUGGCUGUGGGGUUGGCUUUGCUAAUCAGGCGGUCCCUUUGUUCAUAUCAGAGAUUGCCCCCACAAGAAUACGCGGAGGUCUCAAUAUUCUCUUCCAACUCAACGUCACCAUUGGCAUUUUGUUUGCUAAUCUCGUCAACUAUGGAACCGCAAAGUGAGUGCUACUACUAUUCAUACGUCCUUUUAUUUUACAAUAUAAAAAUAUAUAUAUAUUACGCCAUCAUUAUAUUGGUCUGCUUUAAUUUGUGACUCAAUAAUGUGGCAUUACAAAAUCGUUAGACGUGAAUUAAGUGAAUGAACUAUUUCACCAACAUAAUUGUUGAUUGAUGGUCGGGAACCCAAAUUAUAUAUAUUUCCUCGUAAGAAUUAAUUGCGCAUUUGAACUUAUAUUUGUCUCAAAUCAGGACUAAUCAAAACGAGCGCUUCACCCA